AUGUGUGCACUCGAUGGCCCCAUCCGCGAGCGUGCAGGUAAACUGCAGGCCUUGGUCUUUGCAAUCACGCUGAGUUUCGACGAAACAGCCCUCAAUCUUGACGACGGAGUCGCCGAUGUCUUGAUGGCGACGCUCGUGAUGCACUACCCCGACAUGCUGUUCCUGUCCGAUCAGAGCGCCUUUAUCGUCUGGAUGCGGGAAGCCAUGGCGGCUCGGGCCAUAGGUGAGCCGGAGGUGCUGGCUUGGAGCGAGACAAUUCGGCGUGCCUUCACCCCUCCGCCUCCCAAGGUUGAGUCGAGUGCCAAUGGCGCCCAGUCCGAAGCUGCGGUGGUGCUGUUGAAGCGCCAGUCGGAGCAGAUCGAUAUCAUCAUCCUACAGAACAAAAGGCUAGAUGAAUGA